AUGCAGAAAGCCAAAAAUUCAAUGGACAUCCUUUUCAACUUUUCAGGUAUCAAUUUACUUAUUUCCCUGGGAUCCCCAAAGCAUGAGAAAAAUGAGCUAAAAGACAUAAAUCUUCAAGUGACUACAGGAAGCACAAAUCUGCAGGAACACAAACCAUUAAUGACCAAUAUUACAGGAUAUGGUAAACCAAGUGACAAUGAAAAGUUGGAAUGUGACACUAGAAGCAAUGAAAAUAGACAUCAACAUGAAAGGAUGUCAGAUACCUCUCAAAAGACCAUGCAGGCUACCAUUUGGGAACUCUUUGAUACAGAACUAUGUAGCAGAUUAGAAUCCAAGGCAGACACAACAAUAAUAAAUUCUAGUCACUCUGCACUAAAGCAAGAGAAACUACUAGGUGAAAAGGAAACAAAGGAAGUAAAGCAUACUGAUAACUCCAUAGGUAGAAAGCCACAAGAGCGUGACAGAGAGAAGGAAAAAAGAGAAAAAGCUCUACCGCUGGCAGAAGAUUUUAGAGCAAUUAUAUGUCUGAAGCAAAAGGAAAAAAAUGCUCAAUUUGAAAUGAAAAAGAUCCAUUUGGAAAAUAGAAUAAUUCAAAGCAAAGAAAAAGUAGUACAGUCACAGACUAUUUCUACACAGAAGGUAUGGAAAACUAGAUCAUAUCCUCUGACAGGUCCACUGCAAGAUGAGAAAUUAAAGCAAAGUACAGACAAACCUACAGACAAAGAAGAGAUUGCACCUUCAGUGCAAGAGAACUUGCCCAUUGGUGAGUAUUUAAUUAAAAUGACAGAAUGUGGGGUCCCAUUUAGUGGAAAGCCCACAAAGACAUUGGAUGGUCACAGUACAGAAGACAGAGAAGACUUGAAAAAGGACUUAUGUGCAAUUGCCACAAGACCUUUCAAAACCAGGAAAAAAACAUCAGGAACAAAAAAUCCACUGGAGGAGAUUAAAAUGGAGAAAGAAAUGCUUCAAGCAGAACCUUUCAGAGAAGCAGUUAAAGAGGUAGUUGACUCACUGAGACUGGGUUCGUUUUCAGGUGCAAAUGUGAAGAACAGCACCUCUACAGAAACAGAGCUCCAAGGUUCUGUAGAGUUAGAGUUGUGUCCUCCAACAUCAGAAAAGUUAACAGUGGGAGACUUUCUGAGCCAAUCAAGAAAGAGGAACUCUUCACCUGGUGUAUUUACAAACGUGACAGAUGAUGACUUAGAAUUUGAUGAAAACUCUGAAAGAGAACUAGAUUCAUAUCCUGUAGAAAAAGACUCAGAGACAUCAACAAACCUGCAGGUGACAUUCCUGCAGUCUUCUGAUUCUGUUACAAAAUCCUUUGUUUCUAGACUGAAAAGGAAGAAAACAGCACCAAGAUCAAAGAAGCAGACACCAGUGAGUCAGAGACAUAGAGCAAUGAGGGAAAUACCAUCACAGACAGUUAACUUCAGUGAGCCAGCCAAUAAUACUACCAAACAUGGCGAAAAGGAAACUGGUCAGUCAUCAGUUUUAAAAGAAAAGUUUCCAUAAUUAACAGUAAUUGUCACUUCCAUUGCCAGGCAUUUAGUUGCUUCCACAGAAGUGAAAAAUCAGAAUGGUAGCAUAAGAGUACCUAACCUGUCAGCUCAGAAAGGUAUCCCUUCACAGCUACUGGAGUCAACAGAGUCACAGUCACCUCAUGAUGAAGGCCUGGCUACUGUAAACAUAACUGAGACACAGGACUUCAGAACCCGAGAGAUAAAAGAUAAUGAUGAGGUAAAUAAAGAUAUAACAUCAUAUAAUAUAUGGGAUAUGUAUGGGAAAUCUGCAGAAGGAAAUUGCCUUUUGCAAAAGGACAAAGAAAAAGUGAAAAGGAGUGUCCAGCCAUUCAGAACAAAUCAAAAGAGACAACAUGAUCCUUUGAAUCCGGAAGUAUUUUCAGCUAACACAGUGCACCACAAGGACAUCAUGCUUCAGAAAACAGCUAUUUAUUUAAUAGAUCAAGAAGGAAAUACAAAAGUUGGAGAAGACUUUAGUCAAGAGGUUGUUCUUUCUUCUAAUGUACAUGCUCUUCAAACUGAAAGGCAGAACAAUGAAUUUAAAACAGGUUGGAAAACAAUGUCCAAGUCUUUUGCCCUGGCAAAGAAACAGGAAAAGCCUGCUAUCUCAAGACCAUUAUGGAGUUCUUAUGCCAGUGACCCUACCUAUCCUGAAACUGUAAGACAGAAAGAUAAGACAAAAAUAUCAAAUGUGAAAAGUGCUAUGUGUACCAAACAAAUAAAGCUGAAGGCAAAGAAAAUAUCAGUUUCUCUACUUCUUGGACAUGGGGACAGAAGCAAUGAGAGAAAACUGAGACACAGUCUGCAGCACCAGAACAAAUUGGAGCUGAGAAGAAAUGUACAAAACCUAGUGAUAGAAGCUAAUUUUGAUUUAGGGUGCUUUACAUCCCCAGUUCAAAAGCUUACCAGAGUAAAACUGGAGAGAGGCAAGAUGAAAGAGAAAGAAAACACUCUUCCCCAGACAGUUCUGGAGAAGCCAUCUAGCCCAAAGCAAGCUGCAUGGUCAGGAUGCAAUGACGUACCUAGAGAGCUAGAAGGAAAUGUUAAAGGAGCACAUGACCACUGCACUCUCAAGGCCAUCACCAGCAAUAUGCAACAAUUUCGGGUUAAGUCAAAACACACUGGUAAGCUAGAAGAUUUACAAAGAAAGAUGAACUCUGAGUUAACAUCCCAGAAAGAUGAAACUGAUGACCUUGGGCUAGAUACCUCAAGAACUAAAGGAGGAGCAAAUGUCUACCAUGACCCACAAGACAGUCUACAAGAGGAACUUCCUCUGAAGCAAGGGAUGUGGACACCAGGAAUGGUUCUCCAGCCUAUGAAAAAAAAAUCUCAUUUCAGAAUGACAAAUGAACUCAUAACAAAACAAGACAUCAAACCAUUAGGUCGACAGAAGAUAAAGAAACUGCAAGUAAUGGAUAAGCCAUUAGAUUCAAAGGAAUCAUUGCUUAUUCCUGGGCUUACGGUACAGCAACAAAGUCUUUUCACAGAUUCUCUCCUGGGGUCUAUUUCCUCUCCUGCAACACAUCAGUCCCAUACUGAAGAUCCAAAAGAAGACAUGAAAACAUGUGAGAAAAACUUAAAGAAUUCAACUCAACAGCUGAAAAAACUCUCAAAUAAAGAAUAUAUUUCAGAAAUGGGUUACGUGCCAAGAAGUAUGGAAAAACUACUCUUGCUUUUUAAAGAACAGGAAAAGAGAGGGAAAAAAAGUGGAGGGGGUAAAAAAAUUGAAAUAACAGAAGACAUAAAAAUGAGAGCACAAUUUAGCAACACAAUAAAGAAGAAUGGUAUGUUCAGGCAAAGAUAUGGGACAGAGCCAAAAAGUAUGGCCACAUUGUGGAGACAGCAAAAGUGUGUACAAAGGAUGAGUCUAGACUACGUUUAUACAUAAAAGCUUAUAAACAAAAAAACAUCUUUCACACAAAGUGUCCUGUAUCACAAAAGAAUGAAAAUGAAGGUGAGGAAGACAACUUCUGGAAAGAUGCUUAACAUUACUGCAUAUAUAACCCAUAGCUACAGAAAGGAGCUAAGACAUAGCAUUAAGACAGAGAAGGAGCUGCUCCAAGGGAAACUGGAAAUUUUACUUUGGAAGGGUUUUUGUGCUUCUGGCUAUAUUGCAUCUAAAGUAAAGAAGCUUACGGAAGCAAACGAGAAGAAGGACACACCAAAACCAUAUAUUCCUCCACAGAUAAGUAUGAAGAAAAUGAAUAAAACUAAAAUGUUAUCUGUGCCGCCUCUUGAUAAUUCAAUAUCAAGCACUAUCAGAAAAUCAACACAACAUACUAUAAAGCAAAAGGCAAAAAAAAAAAAAAAACAUCAAAUUAUUUUACUAGAUAUUAUCUCACAAAAUAAAGAUCAGUUAAUGACUGGCCAGCGGGUGGAGGAUCUGAGAUAUAUCAAUGUCCAUGGCCAUUUGGAAAAAGAAGCAUACUGUGCCAUGUUUCCAGACACUGGAGAAACUGAUUACAGUAGGAUUGAGGCCCAAAGGCACAGAGCAGGUACAGAAUUUGAAUUCUCCACUGCACAAAGAAUAAAGCAAGGAGUUGUUAAAGACUCCAUCAAACAUGUGCUUUCAGUUCCACUCAGAAGAGGAGGACCCAUGAAGAUGAAUACUUCGAGUUCCAAAGGACAUGGUAUAUACUUCAUGGAGCUGGAUACUUUCCAGAAAAAGGCAUUCAAGAUGCAAGAACUUCUUAAACAAGAAAGUACUUCCUCCAGGGUAAGUUUGGGACCUGCUGCUUGCCCAGUUAGGGAGUCCUUUGACUUGGAAAAUAUUAAGGUAGCUUAAAAAGUGGGAAUGUAUCAUAGCAUAAAAAAUAUUUCCCAUCUGUCUGGAAGAGAAUGAUUAAGGAAAACUGACACAGAACUAGGUUCCAAAGCACAGGCAUUUCUUUGCACAGAUCUACAUGACCGCCAGAAGACAGGUACAGCUCAGAAAGACUAUACAAAGUCAGGUCACAGGGCUAGAAUUGUUCUGAAUUCUGUACUUUGCCACAAGAGGGCUUCUCUCCACUUCACACCAGGCUUGAGGACAGCAAGAAAAGACAGUGGUUACAAUGAUGUAGGUGCCAAAAUGGAUCUCAAGGGAGAAGAAGAGGCAAAGCCAUCUGACGGUCAAUUUAAAUUAAAUAAAAAGAAAGUGGACAUUUCUGAAAACUUGAGGGCAAAACAAGUGGCCAUUUUUGCUCAGAAUAAAGAAAAAAUUCUGGAUUUUUUUUUUUUAUCUUGUGUAUUACAACAACUUCAGGCUGAAAAUACACAGAAACAAAUCUCUGCCAAAGCCGCUCUAAAUUCAAAAGUUAUUAACACAGAGAUAGAAAAAGCUUCAAGUGCAGUUAACAUUCUAAGAAAUCAAUCUCCACAUUCAGAAGGAGUUAACCUGCAUGCUAAAGGAGGAACAGAUUGCCAAGAGAGUGCAUGGGAGGCUUUCCCAGUGUCUAACACUCACCCUUUGGUGGAUACACAUAGGAUUACAUCACUGCAGGUAAAGAAAGCUUUAAAAGCAGUAGAUAAUCACACUUUAAAUACAGAAAAUAGAGAAUGGAAAAAAAGGAUAAAAGAACAAAACCAGCACCACCUGCCAGUAUCCCCCAAGAAUUUGGAGGACCAUUUAUUAGGCUUCCAAAACUAUUCUUAUGUCCAGCCACAAUUAGAGCUUGAGACAAAUGAAGCAUUGUCAGAGAUAAAGGGAAUAGACUUGUCAUCUAAGAGUAUUGGGUAUGAAUGUAGACGAGGGUGGAUUUUCCCCUCAGUUAGUCCAGAGCAAACAAAAGAACAAGAUACUGUGUUGCCUUCAGAGUCAGGAAAUAAAACUAUAAAAUGCCCACUAACAUAAAUUAUCUCCAAUGUAAAAA